AAAAAAGCCAACCCAAUGCAUUGCCAACGGAGAUGGCAAAAGAUCCCAUCUUUGUCAGAUGCAUCCAAGCCAACAUGUUUUGACUCCAUUGCGAAGAACAAGACAGACUUGAGAAUUAAAGAACUCACCUCCGGGGAAGCCGCUGUCUCCCACCCCAAAGUCCCCCAAUGCCCGCCGUCCCUAACGACUCGUGAGAAGGCCUCCCUUACCCCACCGGAAUCCCUAACCCGAACACUAACCCCCCAUUCCCGACCGGAUCGAGCCUCAGAUCUCGGUCGAUCUCCUCCCAUGGCGGCAAGGCCGCGCCUUUUCCUCCUCCUCCCCCUCCUCGCCCUCCUCCCGUUCCCCUCAUCCCUCGCCGCCGCCGCCGGCAGCUGCCGAAAGAACACCACCUUCGCUGGCUUCGAGGCCGAGCUCGCCAUGGUCCAGCACCAACUCCGCGGCGUCGUCCGCGUGCUCGACGGCUGCUCCUUCUCCGUCAGCGAGUUCGACAUGCUUGCCGGCUCCGCCCAGGUCCGGUGGUGGGGUGCCGCCGGUGACGACUUCCGCAACCUCACCCUCGGAUCCCCGAUCUCCGACCAGACCCUCAACCGCACCUUCCGCAACGAGUCCUUCACCGUCCGCCUCGCCGAGAACGCCACCUGGGACCAGAUCGCCGUAUUCGCCGUUUGGGACCCGGUCACUGCCUCCGACUUCGGCCACGUCGUCCUCGGAGCCCCCGGCGCGGACCAGUCAGAGGCCCCGGCCCCCAGCCCCGAUCUCUCCCCGGCUCCUUCUCCUUCGUCCAGCUCGGUCAAGCGGCGGAGCAAGCGACGGAUCCGCCGCCAGCCCACGAUGUUCGACAAUUGUCUCACCCUGUCUCCAAGGUAUCGCCUUCGAUGGACCCUUUACCCUGAAUCGGAUUCGAUUGAUAUAGGCUUAGAAGCUGCAAUUGGAUCCCAGAACUACAUGGCCUUUGGGUGGGCAGCACCCGGGUCGCCGUCCCCUUCCAUGAUCCACGCCGAUGUGGCCGUGGCUGGGUUCACGGAAGAUGCCACUCCCUUCGUGGAGGACUACUUUAUCACUGAAUACAGUGAGUGCCUGCGGAACAAGGAUGGCAAGGUCAAGGGCGUGUGCCCGGAUGCUAUGUAUGAAGACGGGGACCCUGUCGGAUUGGUGAACAAUACCAAAUUGGUGUAUGGGCACCGGAAGGAUGGGGUCUCCUUUGUCAGGUAUACGCGUCCGCUGGUGUCUGUGGACGAGAAGUAUGAUGUGCCGGUGAGCAAGACUGGCAACAUGACGGUGAUAUGGGCAUGGGGUUUGAUGCGAUCGCCUGAUACGCUCCGCCCUCAUUACCUCCCUCAGAACCAUGGCGGCCCUCGCCUCACAACUUUUGGGUACUUUGACUUCAAUGUGUCAAGGAAGGUGAAUGAUUGCCUUGGGCCGCUGGAUGCAGAAGACAAGGAGGAUCAGGAUCUAAUCAUUGCCGAUGGGAAGAAGCCACUGGUUGUGUCCUCGGGACCAGCAUUGCAUUACCCGAAUCCUCCCAGCCCACCGAAGGUUCUUUAUAUCAAUAAGAAAGAGGCUCCCUUGCUGAGAGUUGAAAGAGGUGUGCCGGUGACAUUUUCGGUCCAAGCCGGGCAUGAUGUGGCACUCUACAUCACAUCUGAUUUUCUUGGUGGGAAUGCAACUUCUCGGAAUAUGACUGAAGUUAUCUAUGCAGGUGGACCGGAAGCUCAGGGAGUCCCAGCCAGCCCAACAGAAUUAGUGUGGUCUGUUGAUCGGAAUACGCCUGACCUUGUUUAUUACCAUUCCUUUUAUGAACAGAAAAUGGGCUGGAAAGUCCAGGUGGUCGAUGGUGGUCUCACAGACAUGUAUAACAAUAGCGUUUUCUUGGACGAUCAGCAGGUUACCUUGUUGUGGACUUUGUCAGAUGGUGCGAUUUCAAUUGCAGCACGGGGUGAGAAAAAAAGUGGAUAUCUUGCAAUUGGCUUUGGAAGUGGAAUGAUAGACAGCUUUGCAUAUGUUGGUUGGGUAGAUGAUGAAGGGAAAAGUCAUGUGAACACAUACUGGAUAGAUGGAAAGGAUGCAAUGAAUGUGCAUCCAACAUCUGAAAAUCUAACCUAUGUGAGAUGUAGAUCAGAAAAUGGCAUCAUUACAUUUGAGUUCACUCGUCCUUUAUCACCUUCAUGUAGUGGAAGGGUAGAGUGCAAGAAUAUUAUUGAUCCGACUACACCUUUGAAAGUUGUUUGGGCCAUGGGUGCCCAAUGGUCAGAAGACCAUUUGAGUGAGAGGAACAUGCAUUCCGUCACAAGCGGUAGGCCUGUCAGAGUACUACUGUUACGAGGAUCAGCAGAGGCAGAGCAGGACUUGCGCCCUGUUUUAGCUGUUCAUGGGUUUAUGAUGUUUGUUGCUUGGGGUAUAUUGCUUCCUGGUGGAAUAUUGGCUGCGAGGUACUUGAAGCAUGUGAAAGGUGAUGGUUGGUAUCAGUUGCAUGUAUACCUGCAGUAUUCGGGCAUAGCUAUUGUCUUACUUGGUGUUCUCUUCGCAGCUGCUGAACUCCGAGGUUUCUAUAUCAGUUCAGUACAUGUAAAAUUUGGUGUCACAGCCAUGAUUUUAGCAUGUGUCCAGCCAAUAAAUGCAUAUGUACGGCCGAAAAGACCAGAGAAUGGAGAGGUGGCUUCUUCAAAGAGGAUCAUUUGGGAGUAUAUUCAUGUUAUCAUAGGGAGGUCUGCUAUUGUGGUUGGAAUUGCGGCGCUCUUUAGUGGAAUGAAACAUUUGGGAGAUAGAUAUGACAGUGAGAAUGUUGAAGGGCUUUCUUUGGCCCUAAUAUUAUGGGUUUUGUCUGGUGGACUUUUAGUUUUGUACUUGGAAUAUAAGCAGUUUAAGCGAAGGGAUAGGAGCUCUGUCAGAGGCAGCUGGGUGUUGGGAAACAGUGAGGAAGAUGAUUCAGUUGAUCUGCUACAGCCUGACAGGACAGUUAUGAAACCAGAGUCUCAUCCAUCUGGCAUAAUGGAAUUGCAGCUUGAGCCUCUUAGCAGAUAAUAAACAUUUUUUACUAUUAUAUACCAACACAGACAUGUUCUAUGCUUUGGUCUUUAAAUUUUUUCAGUUAUAGAAGAAACUGGAGCCAUAUAGAUUGACUACCUCAGAGGAUCCUUGCAGUGCAAAAACUAUAUCUAGUCACAGAACAUGGUGCAGGAUAUGAAAUAAUUUGCAACUUUUCUGGUUUACUGCUGUUGAAAUAUGCACCAAACACAUGACUUGUAUAUGUACAAAUUUUUGGCAUAUGUAAGGAUAGAAACCUGCAUUUUGGAUGAUGGGUUCACUAUUGUCUCUUAUUCCUCAGACAGUGAAAAAAAUUCUUGAACUUUGGGUGAUGUAGAUUGCCAUGCAUGGAAGCAUCAAUGCAACUGAGCAGCCAUCAUUAUUGUGUUGUGGCCCUUUAAUAUUGCUUCUGGGUAAGUGUUAUACUCAUUUAUUCAA